AUGACCGAACUCGAGGAGUCCCGUGGCUGGAUUCACUACGCAAAGGACGCCCCAGGCGAGCCAAUCAUGGACCAAAGCGGAAGCCGGAUGAACGAAGUGGUCCGGCAAGAAUGUGAACGCCCUGGAGUCCGCUACCAAAUUGCAGGAAAACAUUGUUCAUUCGUGGUCGUACUCGACGAUGAUCUCGCGGGAUACGAAAUCGAUUUAAAUGACAUUGAAAAUAUUCCCAGCCAUGAGGGCACCAGGGUCCGCUCUGCCCCUGGCAAGCGAAAGAUGGCCAGUCAGGUGAGGAGACCAACUGUGAAUCCUGAUCAUGAAGAGAAUACUUCUGAGGCUGAGGUCGUACAGAUUUAUGACAUGGGAUCAGGUGUGGAAGAGCCCGAAUCUGAUGAGGAUAUGGGAUUCAUUUGCGCGACACCUUGUAAUGCCGGAACUGCCGCAUUUGACCCGGUAGCACCUCCGGUCUCUGAUUUCUUUGUGAGCUUUGAUCAAAGUCUCCCUGAGCCCAGUGACAAGGAUAUUCAGGCGAUGCUGGGGCCCGACUCAACCUCUCCAGGGCUCAGCCCAGCUGGCUCGAGCAGCCCAUCAGUGGGGCCAUCUGGCUCCAGGUCUAUGGCCGUGUCCUACAAAACAGCCCGAGGUGCUGCACAAUUCUGCUGCGCGGCUUCCAGCGAUCAAGAGGAUAUUCAGGAUGACGAUGACGUUAGCGAUGACCACACAAGCAUACAUUCAUCGACGUUCGCAACCCAGACGCCCUUGCAGAAAUUCAUCAUUCUUCAAGCCUUUGUUGGCUACUGGCAGUUCAGCGAUGAGCUGCUUCAGAUCUUGGGCCUUGAUUCGGACACGAUUCGCUCCAAUGUUGAUGGUUUUUGCAAAAUGAAGAGAAAAAAUCAUGCAGAGCUUCCCAAGGAAUGGCUUGACAUACUUGCUACCGCGCUGGUGGGCCACUUCCUGGAACAAAAGGCCUUCGAUUCCAGGGAUGAGUGGGAAUUGGUAAAGAUGAAAGCGGAUGACUUGUUACAGAGACAAGUGAGGUCAGUACUCCCUGAAUAUGAUGCCUUCGUCAUGAGCCUCAAUGAGUUAUGUUGGUCCUUCUUCUGA